AAUAUCAAUAUUAAAGGUUUUUCAAUUAUAUCGUUUAAUUAAUAAAAAACUUAAUAAUUGCAGAGUUUUUAAAAUACGUUGAUGGAGCAGGCAUUUUACAGUCGAUAUGUCAUAACUAUUCGCUCAUGUCUUUCACUUCACUAUUAAGACGCCAUUUUUGCGUUGAGUUUGACUUGUGUUUCGUACAGUAUCUGAAAAUUUGAUUGUUUCAUGGUAUUAAAAAUAACUGCAUAUGUUUAUUUACAAUAUUUUGUGCCCAAAUGAGAUAUGUUACUAGUGUAUCAUAAUUUUGGUAUAUUUUUGUGAACUGUUUACAUAUAAUAGUCUGCGCGGGAAAUGUGAUUGCGUCCCGUUUCUUUUUCGUCAACAAAAACGUUACCAAUAACUAAAUCGUAAUAAAACACGAUGUUGUCCAAAACAAUUCUUUCGAAAAACAGGAGGACAAAAUCUAAGUUAUCAAAAAAUUUAGAACGUCUGUUUAAAGAAGGAAAAUGCCGCGAGUGUUCUGUAGUGGUUACACGAAUGGACUUUGCCAGGAUAUUGGGAAAAUUCACCAAAGUGAAGAUUCAGUUUCAAAGCAGUAGCAGCACAGUUAAAGGAAAAUCAACUAAUCCAAAUUUAAAAUCAAAGUUAAAGAGUAACGAAAAUGGCUUCGUACGAAAUGAGGACUAUCCUACAAAAGAGAGUUCCAAAGGAAAGAAAAUAAAUCAAUCUACAAAUUCUAAAGCAGCAAAUAUCCUCAAAGAGAAUAAUAGAUUAAAAGAAUCUUUAAUAAAAGACCGCAAUUCUAACUACAAUAACAUAACUAAUAAUAUAAAAAUUAAACACUAUCAUGUUGUUUUUUCCACACCUAGUAAUAGUGAUAAUAGUGAUUCCAAACCAAAUACAACAUUGGCAGAACUUUUGCUGCAAAUUGAUGAAAAUUUGCUCCCUUCUGAUGAGUGGAGUAUAGACUAUAAUCCAAAACCUGCUCUUGAAGAGCCCACAGAUGACAAAGUUUAUGAUAGAAUUGCUGCAGAAUUGGAAGAUUUGAUGAACAAUGGAAAAACUACAUUAAAGACAGAAGAAAAAUCAGAUGAGUUUCCAUCAAUAAUGGACAUUUUAAAUGAUAAAACAGUAAAUAGUAAAGAAAUUGAGAAAAGUGAUAUACCAGACGCUAAAACCAAUUUGGAAUCUAGUGAUGUGGAAGCAAUACUACUUGGCGAGCCUACUUCAGGAAGAGAAAUUACAGAGUCAACACCCAUGGAGGUUGAAAAUAAUGAUGUGAGCAAUUUAAUUGCUGAUGUUGCUCAACUCAACACAUUGCAACCGAGUGAAGAGCCAAUUAAUAAUGUGCAAGCUAAUGAAAAUAGUGACAUUGUAAAUCCUCACAGCCCCUCAAUUUUAGAUGAGGCACUUCAAAAAGGAAUUGAGGAACAUUUACCACCCGAGCCACAAACUAUAACUAAUGAUACAGAAUUAACUAAAAAUCAUGAUAAAGAAAAUGCAGUAAUACCAGAAAAACCCAAUGACCAACAAUAUUUAAACAAUGAACCUGUGACGAAUAAUCAAACUAUAUAUAGUGAUAUCAAAAAUGAAACUGAAAAGCAUAGUAGUAAAUUAGGCCCAUCAGAAGAUCUAUCCAUCAAUAGCAAAUUAUCAGCAAAUGCAGACUUGAUAACUGAAGUUAUCUUUAAGAAAAAUAAAGACGGGGAAUGUUGCAAGUCUGUAACAUGUCAAAAGAAUCUUAUGUACUUCAUACAAAUAAAUGGCACAUCUGUUGAACUAGUGGGAGCACCAAAAUUUAUAACCAAUUUAGAUGACUUACAGAUUCUUUUACAAAUUGUAAAUGAAAGUGAAUUGAAAAGUUUCCAUGUGCUACAAUGAAGAAGAAACAGUUAUUCUUAGUUACAAAGUAGAAUAGAGGAAACUAUGUUUGUUUUAAAAUCAUAGUGUAAGAGUGCCUCCUAGGUAUUGAAUACCUUCAUUAUUUCAUUUAAAUGACGUAUUGUUCAUUUAUAACCAGAGUAGUGCAAGUUUAUAUUAUAUCAAAGUUAUUUUAUAGGUUAAAUGUUACAAUUUGACUGAAUUUAAGUGAGGUAUGUACGUUAUGUAAUGUAAAUAAAAAAUGAUGAAAAUAUAAUUUUUAAUGUACUAUCA